GCGCGAGCCUGAAGGGCUCACAGGGACGGAGAGACGGCGGCCACAGCGGCCAGGACGUCAGCGGAGGCGGUUGGGGGAGGGGCGAGUUUGAGCCUAACCGCCGCGUCGAACGGCCGGCGCGCGCUUCACGCAGGCGCAGCACGUCCCGCGUCGCGCGCUGACGUACAGAGCCGCCGUUUGUGAGCUCGCGGGAGGCGCGGCCCACACGAAAGGCGCGGCCUUGCGGCGAGCUCUCCGUUGUGGGCGGGAUCAGGGCGGGCAGUAAGAGAGACCCGGCCCAAUGGAAAAGAAGACCUCGGGCACCCGCGGCGCCACAGGUCGCCGGGAAUUUGGCGGCGGGAGCCAAGGGCGGAGUUUGAGAAAGGGGCUGCGCUCAAACGUCGUCAGGGGUGAAGCCUCCCCGACCAUGACCUCUACCGGCCAGGAUUCCACCACAACCAGGCAGCGAAGGAGUAGGCACAACCCCCACUCCCCCCCCCACGACUCCAGCGUCGCCUCGAAGAGGAGUGUUAAGAAGGGUGCCACACUCCGCGCCAGCCCUAAUCUAGCGGAGGUAAAGAAGAAAGGCAGAAUGAAGAAGCUCAGCCAAGCAGCCGACCAAGACCUAAUCAUGGGGCUGCAAGGGCUGGAUCUGAACCUUGAGGCCAAGACGCUGUCUGGCACUGGCUUGGUGUUCGAUGAGCAGCUAAAUGAAUUUCAUUGCCUCUGGGAUGACAGCUUCCCUGAAGGCCCUGAGCGGCUCCAUGCCAUCAAGGAGCAGCUGAUCCGGGAGGGCCUCUUGGACCGCUGUGUGUCCUUUCAGGCCCGGUUCGCCGAAAAGGAGGAGCUGAUGUUGGUUCACAGCCUAGAAUAUAUUGAUCUGAUGGAGACGACCCAAUACAUGAAUGAAAGGGAACUCCGCAUCCUAGCAGACACCUAUGACUCAGUUUAUCUGCAUCCGAACUCAUACACCUGUGCCUGCCUGGCCUCAGGCUCUGUCCUCAGGCUGGUGGAUGCUGUCCUGGGGGCCGAGAUCCGGAAUGGCAUGGCCAUCAUCAGGCCUCCUGGACACCAUGCCCAGCACAGUCUUAUGGAUGGGUAUUGCAUGUUCAACCAUGUGGCCGUGGCUGCCCGCUACGCUCAACAGAAGCAUGAAAUUCAGAGGAUCCUUAUCGUGGAUUGGGAUGUACACCAUGGUCAAGGAACACAGUUCACCUUUGACCAGGACCCCAGCGUCCUCUAUUUCUCCAUCCACCGCUAUGAGCAGGGUCGGUUCUGGCCCCACCUUAAGGCCUCUGACUGGUCCACCAUAGGUUUUGGCCAAGGCCGGGGAUACACCAUCAAUGUGCCUUGGAACCAGGUGGGCAUGCGAGAUGCCGACUACAUUGCUGCUUUCCUGCACAUCCUGCUGCCAGUCGCCCUGGAGUUCCAGCCGCAGCUAGUCCUGGUGGCUGCUGGAUUUGAUGCCCUCCAAGGGGACCCCAAGGGUGAGAUGGCUGCCACUCCAGCAGGGUUCGCCCACCUGACCCACCUGCUCAUGGGUCUGGCAGGAGGCAAGCUGAUCCUGUCUCUGGAGGGUGGCUACAACCUCCGCUCUCUGGCUGAGGGUGUCAGCGCCUCGCUCCACACCCUUCUGGGAGAUCCUUGCCCCAUGCUGGAAUCCCCUGGUGCCCCCUGCCUGAGUGCCCAGGCAUCACUCUCCUGCACUCUGGAAGCCCUGGAGCCCUUCUGGGAGGUCCUUGUGAGAUCAGUUGAGACCAUGGAGGAGGACAUUGUGGAGGGGGACAACGUGGAGGAGAAAGAGGAGGGACCAUGGCAGCCCCCUGCGCUCCCAGUCCUGACGUGGCCUGUGCUGCAGGCUCGCACCGGGCUGGUCUAUGACCAGCGGAUGAUGGGUCACUACAACUUGUGGGACAGCCAUCACCCCGAGAUGCCUCAGCGUGUCUCACGGAUCAUGCGCCGUCUGGAGGAGCUGCACCUUGCCGAGCGCUGCCUUACCCUGCCCGCACGUCCCGCCACAGAUGCUGAGCUUCUUACCUGCCACAGUGCUGAAUAUGUGGGUCGUCUACGGGCCACGGAGAAGAUGAAAACCCGGGAGCUGCACCGUGAGGGCGCCAACUUUGACUCCAUCUACAUCUGCCCCAGCACCUUCGCCUGCGCGCAGCUGGCCACUGGCGCUGUGUGCCGCCUGGUGGAGGCUGUGCUGGCGGGAGAGGUUUUGAAUGGUAUUGCUGUGGUGCGUCCCCCGGGACACCACGCAGAGCAGGAUGCCGCUUGUGGUUUCUGCUUUUUCAACUCUGUAGCUGUGGCUGCUCGCCAUGCCCAGGCCAUCAGUGGGCAUGCACUGCGGAUCCUGAUCGUAGACUGGGACGUCCAUCACGGUAAUGGAACUCAGCACAUAUUUGAGGAGGACCCCAGCGUGCUGUACAUUUCCCUGCACCGCUAUGAUCACGGUACCUUCUUCCCCCUGGGGGAUGAGGGCGCCAGCAGCCAGAUGGGCCGGGCUGCAGGCACAGGCUUCACUGUCAAUGUGACCUGGAACGGGCCCCGCAUGGGUGACACUGACUACCUGGCUGCCUGGCAUCGCCUGGUGCUUCCCAUUGCCUAUGAGUUUAACCCAGAACUGGUGCUAGUCUCAGCUGGCUUUGACGCUGCACGGGGUGACCCACUGGGUGGUUGCCAGGUGUCGCCUGAGGGCUAUGCCCACCUCACCCACCUGCUGAUGGGCCUUGCCAAUGGCCACAUUAUCCUAAUCCUAGAGGGUGGCUAUAAUCUGACAUCCAUCUCAGAGUCCAUGGCCGCUUGCACCCGCUCCCUCCUUGGGGACCCACCACCUCUGCUGACCCUGACACGGCCCCCACUAGCAGGGGCCCUGGCCUCCAUCACUGAGACCAUCCAAGUCCAUCGCAGAUACUGGCGCAGCUUGCAGAUCACAAAGGUCGAAGACAAGGAGGGACCAUCCAGUUCUUUGUUGAUCACCAAGAAGGCACCCCAACCAGCCAAUCCUGGGUCAGCCAAGGAGAUGAUCACACCAGAAGGGAACAUUCUGGAUGCAGGCAGGGGGAAGGCCACCUCAGUAUCAUCUGUAGAAGAGUCUACUGCAGGCCAGACUAAGUCAGAGACAGCUGUGGUGGAGCUCACUCAGGACAAGUCCUUGGAGGCAGCCACAGAGGAAGCCACGCUGGACCAGACCACCUCAGAGACAGCCACAGGGGAAGCCACGCUGGCCCAGACCACCUCAGAAAUGGCCACAGGGGAUGCCACGCUGGACCAGACCACCUCAGAGAUAGCCACGGGGGAAGCCAAGCUAGACCAGGCCACCUCAGAGACAGCCAUGGGGGGAGCCACGCUGGACCAGACCACCUUGGGGGCAAACCCAGGAGUAGCCACAGUGGACCAGACCACCUCAGAGACAACCACAGGAGUAACCACGCUGGAUCAGACCACCUCAGAGGCUGUCAGGGGAGCUGAGCUGAUCCAAGUCCCUCCAGCCUCAAGCACUGACAACCAGACUCCCCCAGCCUCACCUGUGGAAGGAGACCCACCCCACAUAUCCCCUAGUAAGCUGAUUGGGAAUCUCAGGACCUUGGAACUAGACAACGAGGCUCAGGAGGCACCAGAAUCUCAGAGCCCUGAAGAGGAGAGACUACUAGGAGAGGCAACUGGAGGUCAAGACAUGGAUGAUUUAGUGCUGAUGCAGAGCUUUGGGGACAAUGCCGACACUGACCAGGCCAUGUUUUAUGCCGUGACACCACUGCCCUGGUGUCCUCAUUUGGUGGCAGUAAGCCCCGUACCUGACACAGGCCUGGACGUGACCCAACCUUGUCAGGACUGUGGAGCACUCCAGGAGAACUGGGUGUGUCUGUCUUGCCAUCAGGUCUACUGUGGUCGUUACAUCAAUGCCCAUAUGCUCCAACACCAUGAAGGCUCAGGACACCCUCUGGUCCUCAGCUACGUCGACCUGUCUACCUGGUGUUACUACUGUCAGGCUUAUGUCCACCACCAGGCUCUCCUAGAUGCGAAGAACGUCGCCCACCAGAACAAGUUUGGGGAGGGCAUGCCCCACUCACACUAAAUCCCAGGACGUGCUCCUCUUCUCCACCUUCUGAGGCCCAGGAUAGACUGGCCUUAGUUCAUCCAAGCUGUACCGUGGAUGAGGGGCAGCUUCACUCCAUCCCAUCCUGGGACCCUUUACAACUCCCCAAGGGUGCUGAUUUAAGUAUAAAUACUUAUAAGAGGACUGUGAUAAUCAAUUGUGGAUCUACCCCUGCCCACAGCCUGCUCAAGGGACUCUAUCUACUCUGCCCCAGAAGGACAGGGGGGCAGCUCAGUGGCCCCAGGAGGUACUUUGGAGAGAGGGGGGGGUCAACUGGCAGGUAUGGCGGGGUUGCAUAUGUAAUAAAGUACAAGCUGUUACAAAACCUGGA